AUGGCGCAGUUGAGAGACCAACUCAUCAUGCUCCCAGAAAUCGAGGAACUGACUCCAGAAUGCAACAUCGAUGAAGCUAAUGUCGGAGUUCCGGGAGUCACAACUCUAGAGAUGGAAGCCAAGAUGAGGGAGAUCCUGAAACGCCACCGCAGCAUCUUCCUGGGAGACGGCAAUGCAGCUCCAGCCCCGGCUAGGGGCGUAGUGUGUGAUAUCGACGUUGGUGAAGCAAAACCAGUGGCUUUACGUGCGAGACAGAUUGCCGCACUAUUUUUGGUGAACGUGUUUGAACUCCUGAAGAAGUUGCUGGAGGCUGAGUUCAUUGAGCAUUCAGAGUCCGAGUGCUAUCCCGUUACCCUCUACCUCUGA